AUGGAGGCUGGAGGGCCCGCGCCGGAUCUGCUCAAAGAAGCCACCCGCCCCCCUUGCCCGGUGUACAUCCGGGCCCCCGUGCUCAUCCCCGAGUGCGGCCACAACUUCUGCCGCAGCUGCCUGACCCGCAGCUGGGGGGAAUCAAUGUCGGAGGCUCCCUGCCCCCUGUGCAGACGGACCUUCGAACCCCCGAAUAUCCAUGAGAACAGGCAGCUGGUGCGUGUGGUGGAGAUCGCCCAGCGCUGCGACCCUCGGGGCGAGGAAGGAGGGAGCUUCUGCAGGACGCACCAGCAGCCCCUCAAGCUCUUCUGUCAGCACCACAAGACCCUCAUCUGCUGGAUCUGUGGCCGAUCCCGAGAGCACAGGGACCACCAGGUGAUUCCUCUGGAAGAGGCUUUGCAGGAGUAUCAGAUCAAGGUUGGGGAUUGCCUGAAGGCUCAGAAGGAGGAGAAAGAAAAAAUGGUUACAUACAAAACAAAACGAGAAAAACAAGCGCAGGAGAUGCUUGAUAAAAUCCAAAAAGGAGAAGAAAACAUAGUGGCUGAGUUCGAAAAACUACAACGCUGGUUAGAAAAACAGGAGAAUCUUCUCCUGGACAGAAUGAAACAGAUGGAGGAGGAGAUUGUGGCACAAAGGGGCGAGUGUCUGGCCAAACACAUGGAGGAACUUUCCUCUCUUGAGGAUCUCAUCCAGGAGAUGGAGGAGAAGCAGCAGCAGCCAGCAAACAAAUUCUUACAGGACAUUGGAAGCGUCUUGAAGAAGUAAGUGAAUCCACCCUCUUUCUGCUUUAUGACCCCAGAGAUCGGCAGCUCCUCCUGUUAUGUCCCAUUUUGGAAAGCUCUGUUUGUCUUUAGUAGUAGUUCAUCUUCAAUAUAACUUAUUUCAGGACUUUGUAGAUAUUUCCUCAGACAACCUCAACACAAUAUAACUAGC